UUUUGGUACAUUGAAUUCUCUUUAUUCUGUAUGUAUGAAUUUUUAAUGGUUUGUCAUUUCAUCAAUUUACUUAUGAUUAUGGUAAUACAUUUCCUCUCCAAUGACGUGAACCAUCCAUCAAUAAUAUUAAAUAGUUGAUUUUUUUUUUACAGCAAAAUAUAUUAAUAACAGUUCUUUGCAUAAGACGAACAAAGACAGGUAAAAAAGUAGCUACAUAACAUAGAUGUCGUAUAUAGACGGAACACCGAAAAUAAACACCAAAUCAAACACUUCCGAGCCCCCCAGAAAAGUUACCAACCCGAUCCAUAAAGCUGAAGCAAAAGCGCUUCACCCAUCAGAAUCUAAUAAAUAGUUCCGUGAGAAAAAAACUGACGCGACCCGAGUAAAAUCAAUCGCCACCAGCUCAGUAAAGGUCAGCGAACCAACUGCACGUGACAGCUGUUAGAUAAUAUAGAGUAGUUAUUAUUAGUUAGUAGUAAGGGUAAUUUAGACUUUUCAAUUUACCUAUUUUCCUAGUAUAUAUUCUUAUUGUAAGACUAUGCAAUUAGGCAAUCUCAUUGUAAUAUUAUGAAACCCUAGUAGCCUCCAUUGUUAGCUUCUCUAUUUUGUAUCUCUGAAUCUAACAUGGCAUCAAGAGCUUGGUUUGAUCCUCCUUAGACAACUUGUGGCUUCCGCUGUCGAGUUCCCAGGAGUUUGGGAAAAUGUUUGCCUUGUUUUCUUAUAAUUGAUUCUAUUGGUUGUGGUUUGGUUCUCGUGGUUAGAUUUUUUGUUGAUUGUUGGUUUCUGAUUUGGACGACCAAUUUUUGUACAUCCAAAUCUUCCUCGUCGCGUGCUUGAAGAACGAGAUUUGUGAAGGUGUGUUCCUUAUCUAUAUUUAGUUUCAAUGAAUUUGUUUUGGUGGGAGUAUUUGAUUGGUAGUGUUGUGGUUGAAGGUAAGAGGGAGAGUCAAUGGUUCGGUGGUGGGAAAGGAAAGUAUUGGGUUGUGGGAUAGGAAAAAUAUUGGAAUUUUGGAAGCUUGUUACUUUGUCUAUGCUUGGCGGUAAUAUUAGCGGUUCUCUUCUUGGGAGUUUAUGGUUUGGAUAAUUGCAUUGUUAUUCCUUGGUUUUGGAUUUUAGUUCAAUGAAACCCACUGGCCGCCUCACUAUGGUAUUCCAAGUUCCUUAAACAUUAAGUGGAGAAGACUUAAUAAGUUUGAUGGGGUGAUUUAGUUGAUUCGAUGUUGCUGGGGUUCUUUGGUUUUUCCAUGAUGUAUAAGUUCUUUGUUUUGAUACAGUUUAGUUGGCUUUUGAGUUGAAAUGUUGUGAUUUCUAGGUGCAAUUUCGGUUUGUUGCAAGUAUUAUUGUAGAGUUGGUUAUGUUUUAAUUUCAUUUGAAUUUGUUUGUUUGGUGGGUUUAGUGCUCACAAUUUAUUUGUUUGGUGGGUUUAAUACUCACGAUUUGGUUGUUUGGUGAGUGAAUGCUCACAAUUUGAUUUCUUCUGAUUGAUUGUCUUUCUAUUGGUCUCUUUCUGAUUGAUUUGCUUCUCUCCCUUUUGAUUCUUCUUAGUUUGAUUGGUAUCCUCCCUCAUUAGCUUCUUCUGUUUAUUUGGUUCUAUCUCUAUUUGGUUCUUAUCUUGGAUUGUCUCUCUCUGUUGUUUCUUCUAAUUGAUUGCAUUGCACUUCUCUCUGUCAAUUCUUCUGUUUGAUUGCUUCUCUCUGAUAGUUUCUCAUGUCUGAUGGUCUCUUUUCUAAUGAUUUCUUCGAUUGCUUCUCAUUGAUGAUGCUUUUGUUUGAAUUCUGUCUGAUUGCUUCUCCCUACUGAUUUUCUUAUGUCUGGUUGCUUCUCUCCCUACUGAUUGUCUUAUGUCUGAUUGUUCUUCUAUUUUGGUUGCUUCUCUUUCUAUUGACUGAUUAUUCUGUUUGUUGGAUUGGUUUGAAUUUGGUUAGCUUGGACUGAAUUGGAUUAAUUGAAUGUUCGAUUGGUUUGAUUUGAUUCUCCUAUCUCUCUCUGAUGUUCUAUUUGGAUGCUUCUCUCUGAUGAUUUCUCUUUUGUUGGAUUGCUCCUCUCUGUUUGUUCUUCUAUUUGGUUGGUUCUCUCUCUAUUGGAUGAUCUUUCUGUUUAGUUUGGUUCUUCCUUUUGAUGGUUCUCUUCUUCGGUUUGGCUGAUGCUUCUCUACAAUGAUUACUCAUUUUGGAUGCUUCUCUCUAUUGACUUCUCUUCUAUUUUGAUGCUUAUCUCUGAUGAUUUCUCCUUCUGUUUGGAUGAUGGUUUCUCUCUUUGGCUGCUACUUCUCUCUCGGAUGGUUCUCGCUUUUGGUUGCUAGUUGCUGCUUUCUGCUGAUUACAAUUUUAGUUGUUUUGGUUUUAUUUCUUCUAUUUUGGGUUUUAAUUUUGUAUGACAAACUCUCAAUGCUUUAUGUUGUGUAAAGACAUUGUGAGUUUGCGGGGAGAUGUUAGAUAAUAUAGAGUAGUUAUUAUUAGUUAGUAGUAAGGGUAAUUUAGACUUUUCAAUUUACCUAUUUUCCUAGUAUAUAUUCUUAUUGUAAGACUAUGCAAUUAGGCAAUCUCAUUGUAAUAUUAUGAAACCCUAGUAGCCUCCAUUGUUAGCUUCUCUAUUUUGUAUCUCUGAAUCUAACAACAGCAACCAAAACACCAAUCACUAAAAACCACCACCACGAGUCCACGAGGGCGACAUUAUCGAAACCGCCGCAACCAAGCACAAAAACCUCAAAACUAAAAACAACCACACAGAGGGAUUAACAUUAUUGAGCCAAUAAUGAACAUUUAAUAAAAAUCAAUAGGUGAGAUCAAGCAAGACCAAUCAGUGGAGUGGCCGGGGAGAGGAUGCAAUUCCUCAUAUUGUAUGUAUGAAUUUUCAGUUUGUUAAUAUUUUUAAAAGAAUAUUUUAGCUUUGCAGACAUAAAUAAAUACACAGAAAUACUAUUUCUCCAUUAAACAAAGAAGAAGAUGGGCACACCAUCUAUGACCAUUUCAUGACACUAAGACCACCAAAGCCAAGUUGGUCGAAUCCCGAAUCUUGAUAGAUACCCUACGUACGCACGCACAGUCCCAUUCACACACUCUUUUCACAAUUUCAUUUAAAAAACCCUCUCUUCAUUCAUUUCUCUUCUCUCCUUCACACUCUUUGUUUUCAUUCAUUCAUUCAUUUCAUCAAAUAAUAAUAAAAAAAGAAUCAAGAUGAAAACAAACCAGCUAUUCAUCCUGCUCAUACUACCAUGUAUCCUUCUUCUUCUCUCCGCCACAAAAGCCCAAGCCCAAGCCCGGAACAACACGACCAAUAACGACUUCAAUGCAAAUUUCAACCAAUUCAACCCUUCCUUCGCUAUAAUCAUAGUUAUUUUAGUUGCAGCUCUUUUCCUCAUGGGCUUUUUCUCCAUCUACAUCCGUCGUUGCUCCGAUACACCUUCCUCCAACCUCGUUCUUCCCAUCACCAACGCUCGUAGAGCAGCGCGUGGACUCGAUGCAUCAGUAAUCGAUACUUUCCCGAUUCUUGAAUACUCCGAAGUCAAGAUCCACAAGAUCGGAAAAGAAGUUCUAGAGUGUGCCGUUUGUUUAAUGGAAUUCGAAGACACCGAAACGCUGCGUUUGAUUCCAAAGUGUGAUCACGUUUUUCACCCUGAGUGCAUCGAUGAGUGGUUAUCUUCUCAUACAACUUGUCCCGUUUGUCGUGCUAAUCUCGUUCCACAACCCGGUGACUCAGUUCACGGCGUUCCUGAGUCAAACAGCGAGUUACAAACACAAGACGUUGAAGCUCAAAACGACGCCGUUCAAACACCGACGGAAGAAGUAAUUAACAACGUCGCUGCUCCUGACCCGGUCUUACUUGUUGUUCCUGAAGUGAUUUCGUUGGAUAAAACGCUGAACCGGAACCGUACGCGUGGAUCUCAAUCGAACCGGACGCGUCGUUUUCCACGUUCGCAUUCGACCGGCCAUUCAUUAAUCCAACCGGGUGAAAACACGGACCGGUUUACUUUGAAACUUCCUUUUAAAGUAAGGAAACAGAUAAUGAACCGGCAGUUACAACGGGCGAGUAGUUUAAUUACUUUACCUGGUGAAAGUAGUUUGAGACAGGGUUACCGAACCGGAGGGGAAGGAAGUAGUAGAGGAAAAAGUUCAAGAUGGGUGGACCGGACUAGGAGUUUUAAAUCAGACCGGUGGGUUUUUACUAGAGCACCGUCGUUUUUAGCUAGAGCAUUGUCGUUUAGAUCACCAAAGCCAAAAGUCAAUACUAGCGACGAUGAAGGAACUUCUGCUGCUGCUCCUAUCAUGCCAUCAUCAGCUGUUGACUCUGCCCGCCCUCAAAAUUGACCGUUUGUUGGGUUGUAGUCUAUUGGACCGUCAUAGGUAACACGACACUGACACAUAAACACCAAAGUCAUCGAAUGUAACUUAGUUUACAAGUGUUUAUUUAGUGUUAGACACCAACACAUGUCGGACAUGUUUGAAUGGCAAGCUUGUAUUGCCACACUUAUAAUUUUAUCAUGUUUAUUUUAUUAUUUUUUAAUUUCUGAGCAAGUUUUUGUUUUGGCUUCAAAAUUUGUACAGAUUGUAUAAUAAGCUAGCAAGAUACAGAUAUUUUUUUCUUGACCAAUUUGGAAAGCAAUGGGUCAUGAAUGAUGAACUGAUGAUCGUUUAAACUUA